AUCGAUUUUCCUUUUACGAAGAUAACGUCCGAGGCCUGACUCCUGACUACUGAGGCUGGCCAAAAAAUAGAAGCGCGAGCCACAAGCAUUUAUAAAUAAUGCCGAAUUCUACGUCCAGCUCUAAUUGCCACAGCCACACACCUUCAACAUUCUCUUCCCCUGAUUUCGUCUCAUCAUUUCUCUACUCCUUCUCCUACCUCGCACUAUUUCUAUGGAUCCUUACAAGCACAUUCCUUCAAGCGCUCGCAAUUCCUUGUACUUUACGACCAAUUCUGGUGCUCCUGUGUGGAACAACAACUCUUCAUUGACCGUCGGACCUAGAGGUCCAAUCCUCCUUGAGGAUUACCAUCUGGUGGAGAAACUCGCCAAUUUUGACAGGGAGCGGAUUCCAGAACGUGUUGUCCAUGCCAGGGGAGCUAGUGCUAAAGGUUUCUUUGAGGUUACCCAUGAUAUAUCUCACCUCACUUGUGCUGAUUUUCUUCGAAGCCCUGGGGUUCAGACACCUGUCAUUGUCCGCUUCUCCACCGUUAUCCAUGAGCGUGGCAGCCCUGAAACCCUGAGGGAUCCAAGAGGAUUUGCUGUGAAGUUUUACACCAGAGAGGGUAAUUUUGAUCUUGUGGGAAACAACUUACCUGUCUUCUUCAUUCGAGAUGGAAUAAAAUUCCCAGACAUGAUCCAUUCUUUGAAACCAAACCCAAAGUCACACAUCCAAGAGAAUUGGAGGAUACUUGACUUCUUCUCCCACCACCCAGAAAGUCUUCAUAUGUUCACCUUCCUCUUUGAUGAUCUGGGUGUACCUCAAGAUUAUAGGCACAUGGAAGGUGCAGGCGUUAACACUUACACUUUGAUCAAUAAGGCUGGGGAAGCGCACUAUGUGAAGUUUCAUUGGAAACCCACUUGUGGAGUCAAAUGUCUACUGGAGGAUGAAGCAAUCAAGGUUGGAGGAGCUAAUCACAGCCAUGCUACUCAGGAUCUCUAUGACUCUAUUGCAGCUGGAAACUAUCCUGAGUGGAAACUCUUCAUUCAGAUAAUCAAUCCAGAUCAUGAAGACAAAUUUGACUUUGAUCCACUUGAUGUAACCAAGACAUGGCCUGAGGAUAUCAUUCCCCUGCAGCCCGUUGGCCGCUUGGUCUUGAACAAGAACAUUGAUAACUUCUUUACAGAAAAUGAGCAGCUUGCAUUCUGUCCUGGUAUUGUGGUUCCUGGCGUUUACUAUUCAGAUGAUAAGAUGCUCCAAACUAGAAUUUUCUCAUACUCUGAUACUCAGAGGCACCGCCUGGGACCAAAUUAUCUGCAGCUUCCAGUUAAUUCUCCCAAGUGUGCUCAUCACAACAAUCACUAUGACGGUUUUAUGAAUUUCAUGCACAGGGAUGAAGAGGUUGAUUAUUUCCCUUCAAGGUAUGAUCCUGUUCAUCACGCUGAGAGAUAUCCUAUUCCUCAUAACAUCUGCACUGGAAGUCGUGAGAAGUGCAUAAUCCCGAAGGAAAACAACUUCAAACAACCUGGAGAGAGAUUCCGAUCCUGGGCACCAGACAGGCAAGAGCGGUUCAUUUGCCGAUGGGUUGAUGCUUUAUCGGACAAACGUGUCACACAUGAGAUCUGCAGCAUAUGGAUCUCAUACUGGAGUCAGGCGGACAAAUCACUGGGUCAGAAGAUAGCAUCUCGUCUCAAUGUGAGGCCAAGCUUUUAGAGGUGACACCUGGACGGUUCGAUCUGCAGAGAAUGAAGGAAGCUGUUUAAAGGAGGUUUAUUCUUUGGUAAUGUCUACCAUGCAAUACCAAAGAAAGUAUUUUAUUCUGUAACCUUUUGAUCUAAUAAAUAUUGGUUGUAAGCUUGGCUCAAGUAGUCAUGCUACAUGUCAUUCAUGUCGAACCAAACUCCAACUGGUUGAAUAUAAUAUCAAUAAUUCCUUGAAAAAUAGAUUUUACAUUUACACA